CACACAGAAAUUGGCAGUUUCUCCACCGCUGGUCCUGCACAGCUUGCCUCUUUGGGAUCUCUGCUCCUGCUGGUUACCUUAGGCCUUUUUGAGCUCCCCAGUAAGGGAAGGCCUACACAGAGGAAGCCCACCCCCCAACCCUGCCCAGAACUUUAAGGAAGGAUGGGCCCAGUUACAGGAGCUUCUUGACCACCUCUAUCCCAGGCCCAAGGCCUGGAAGCCAGCCUACCCUGCUUUUCUCCUCCCCCUGCCUUCGUGGGCAGCCCCUCCCAAGAAGCAGCUCCCGUUACCAUCUUUUGCAGUCAGAACUUAUGAGUCCUAGCCUCUGCCUGUCUCACCUGCAAGGCAGCUGGGGCCCAAGGGAGGGAUGAGCCCUCCCAGAGAGAGGUAAGGGCCUCCUCCCUGUGUCACCACCCAGGAAGCAUCACCAUAGCAACCCCAGCAGCAAACAAUGCUGCCAAGAAGGUCUUCCCUACAAAGCUGCCCCUCCUGACAAUCAGGCCCAGAAGAAGAAUGGCCAGUAACCGGAGCAGAUCACCCAGAGGGUGGGGUAAUCCAGCCCACGUCAGAGAACCUUUCCUGCAGAUGGUCCAUGCCCGUGAGAACCCCCUGACCUACCAAACGUGGGCUCAACGUGAGUUUCUUCUCCCCAGUGAGUCCUGGGAAUUGCCUGGCUUCACCAGGCAAGCCUACCACCAGCUGGCCCUGAAGCUGCCACCCUGCACAGAAAUUAAGUCCAAGGUGCGUCACCGACUCAUCUACCCUUGGAAGGAUGCUACCCAACACACCUGGGGCUUCCACACAUGGCUUGAUGUGGGGCGUUUGCCAGCCACCUUUCCCAUCAGGCCCGACAGGCCCUACGAUAGCAAUGUCUGGCGCUGGCUGACGGACUCCAGGGCCCACUGCCGCCCCCCAGCAGAGCCCCCCAUCCCGCCUCCCUCCUGGCUGGGUCAAAACAGCUUUCUGACCUUCAUCUGCUGUACUCCUAUCUUCUUGGACACGAAUAGGAAGAACCAAGUGAUUUUCAGGACGGUGAAUGAACUAAGAGAGGUGGAGAAACUCAGGCUGAGGAGUGAAGCAAGGGCACCUCUACUUGACGCCAAUGGCGAUGCCCUGCCCACAAAGAACUUCAAGAAGUACCCACACAUCUCAGCUGGUGGAAGGUUUGAACCCUGCGGUCUCCAGCUCAUGCCCAACCCACUUCCCAAUGACUUAGCCAGGAGCUGGCCCUGCCCAAACCCUCAGCCUCAUUACCAGGAGAAGGUGCUGAAGCUGGCCUUGCUGCCAGGUGUGCCCCUGAGCCAGGACCUUGUGAGAAAGUACCAAACCCUGAUAGAAGACCGGGUUGCCUUGCCCCUCCACCAUCUCUCCAAGGCACAACAUGACAAAGCCUCAGCAAGAAAGAGAACGAGAAGACCUGGACACAUCUAGAAGAGCCUCCAGAUGCAUGGGGACCACGGCGGGCACACAGACCCCCAGGCUUGUGUUGUCAACCAAUGCACCUUCAGCAAGAAGCCUUUGGGGUAGCUGAAGGACUCUGGCUUCUCUAGAACAGAGCCUCUCCACCAUCCCCCCAACCUCAAGCCACCUCUGUACCUCAGGCUCCUGGAGACUCUACUGAAACUCUAAACUGUUAUCUGUCUUCCUUGGAGGACUCUCUCAUAGCAGGUCGGAGGAUUGGUCGGGGGAUAGAGCAGGGAAAGCAGAAGGGGAUCCAGUUCCUAGUGACAGACAAGGAGUGGGGAGGAAGAAGGGUGUGUGUGCUGGGGUAGGGGAAGAGGCACUGUAAGAAAUGUGAGUAAUAAGAAGUUACCUCCACUCCCAUAACCCAUUUGGAACAAGACUGAGAUUGGUUAGGGUACAGGAAGCUUCUCAGGCAAAAAUAACCUCGAUUCCACCCCUCCCGGGACCAUUUGAUGUCUGCACAAAGACCGGAAGCAACUCUGCUGGGUUGCAGGUCCCACGCAGCAUUUGGGGGAGCAGAGGUCAGGCCAAGGCUGGUGCUAGAGGAUGGGAGAGUCAGGUCUGAGGAAGGCUGACCAGGCCUCUGUGGAGGGACAAGAGUAGAACAAAGUAGAGAUUCAAGGUAAAAGUCAGAGCGGUACCCCAGAGCAUUACCUUAGGGCCUUGGGCCUGUGCUGCAGUUGACCCCAGGUGCUUUUGCAACGGAGAGGCCCAAGACAAGUGGCCUAAAGUGGAGGUGGGCAAAAUGCAUUGGUCAGAAAGGCACUGACCCUGGUGGGGUGGAGAUUGGGUGGGAGAGGGCCGGCAGGAGGCCUGGUGGAGAAGGCAGCUGGGAGGUGGCUGGAGAAGGAGCCACCUCGCCUCCAUUUGUCCCAUCACACCCCAAGUUGGUGAUCUUCCCCAGCUGGGCUUCUCUUGGCUUUUUGCCCACUGCCCUCUUACCCUACUUUUCUCAAGCCCUCUGGGCACCUGGGAAUCAAAACACCAGCAAGCUUCUAGCCCUGGUUUAACCACUAACCAGCUAUGUGACCUUGGGGAAGGUCAUUAUUCCCCUCAGGCUUUCAGUUUCCUCAUCGGCACCACGGGAGCCACCAGGAUAUAAAUAAGUGAAAUAAAUAAAAUGUGAAGAACCUGAAAAGUGUCUGACACAUUGUAGGUCCUCCAUAAAUGAAGCUAUCAACUAUUAUUCAUAGAAUAAAAGUAAUAAAUGGAUGGAAUAUUAUUCAGCCAUAAAGAGGAAUGAAGUAGUGAUACAUGCUACAAUGUGGAUGAACCUUGAAAACAUCAUGCUGAGCAAAAGGAGCCAGACACAAAAGGCCACAUAUUGUAUGAUUCCAUUUAUAUGAAAUAUCUAGAAUAGGCAAAUCCAUAGAGACAGAAGGCAAAUUGGUGGUUGCCAGGUGCUGGGGGAGGUGGGGAUGGGGACUGACUACUUAAUGGAUACAGGGUUUUCUUUUGGGGUGAUGAAAAUAUUUUGCAACUAGAUAGAAGUGGUGGUUGCACAACAUCAAGAGUGAAAGAAAUGCCACUGAAUUGUAUACUUUAAAAUGGCAAAUUUUAUGUUAUGGGAAUUUCAUGUCAAUUAAAAAUAAUUAUAAUAAAUGGGGUGUGUAUAGAGAGUUUCCAAAUUUCCUUCCAGUUCAAAAUCUAUAAUUCUAUCCCACAGUCCUUCUCCUUGCCACCU